CCCAUUUCCUGUUACGCAAACGAAGCAAACAAAUGUGACCACAUAGUGCGUAUAUUUUCCUGAAAAACAAUCUCUCUCUUUUCUACCGCUUCCGCUCAAAUUUACUCCAAUAAAUGCCAACGCCUUUCCCGGCCGCCCCUGAGUCGCGACGUGCGGUGCGGUUUACUUCGGUUGCCCGGGAAAAACAGAAGAGCAAGAUGCCACAGCAGAUAGCCGCGCGCUUCCCAGUUCGAAAAGAUGUUCAAGACGGAUAGGCUGGGGUCAUUCGCGGUCACGAUGCGGGCCUUGUUCGUCUUUGAAUCCGCUUUGUUCCUCCUCUCCUUCGCCCCGGUGUCGUCGGACUUGCAGGAGAAGCCCCCGGACCCGUUCCUGUCCCCUCCUCGUGUCUCACAGAUGUAUUACGACGAGAUAAACCGCAUCUGCAACUCCGAGACGUGCUCUGAGAGCUGCGGGGACCUGUCCUUCGCGCAGCUGUGCUACUACGUGACGAAGCAGGGCAAGUUGGAGCGGGACUUCCGCAACAAGACGGAGGAGCUGCAGCGGCAGGUGACCGAGAACCACAAGAACCUGGCCUCGGAGCUCGCCAACAGCACGGAGUUUCUCAGCGCCCGCGUGCACAGACUUUCUCGCGAUCGCAGGAGGGACAUCAAGAACUCCAACAAGGAGAGACGGAAGGUGGACAGGAGGGUUGCUACGCUAGAGGAACUCGUAGGAAAACAUCAGGAGACGGUUACAAGGCAAGCCGACCUCAUCAACAACCUAUUAAAGCGGCUCGACUCGGCCGAGCGACUUCUGUACGACCUUAACGAGAAAAUCUCGACGAUGGAAGCUAAGGACUGUAUGGAGCUACGUCAGAAAAACUACACGCGGAGCGGCAUCUACACCAUCACACCUGCCUUCACAGGUGUGGGGGACGGCGGCAAGGGCUUUGAUGUCUUUUGUGACAUGGACACCGACGGCGGCGGCUGGACGGUGAUCCAGCGGAGAAUGAACGGCCUGGUGGAUUUCCAGCGCGGCUGGGAGGCGUACCGACAGGGCUUCGGCGAUCUGGAGGGAGAGUUCUGGUUAGGUAAUGACAAGAUCCACCAGAUCGCGAGCCAGGGCCGGUACACCCUGCACAUAGACAUGGAGGAUUUUGAGGAUGAGAAGCGAUACGCGCGGUACGGGCUCUUCCGGAUCAAAGGUCAAGAUGACAACUUCCGGCUGGAGGUUCAGGACUACGAGGGAGAUGCAGGAGACGCCCUGGAGGCCGGUCAGCACAAUGAGAUGACCUUCAGCACCAAGGACAAGGACACUGACGCGUGGCGGCAGGGCUCGUGCGCGUCGCUGUUCGCCGGAGCCUGGUGGUACUACAACUGCCACUGCGCUAACCUGAACGGGCAGUACCUGCGGGGGCAGCACAAGACGCACGGUGAUGGCAUCAACUGGUGCACGUGGCACGGCUACACAUACUCACUCAAGGGGAGUGUCAUGAGGAUCAGGCCUGCGUAAGGGGAGGGGGAGAGAUAGAGGGGAUAGAGUAAA